AUGCAGCCGCCCCAACUGCAUCAACCCACCGUAGAUCUUACCAAAGACCUCACUCCUCCCAAACCCAAACCCGCCAAAAAGAAUCGAAACGACGGCAUGCCAGCGCCCAUGCGAGUUACUCGACCUCCCAAUGCCUUUCUUCUCUUCAACAAAGAAAUGAGAAAGAAACUGAAAGAACAGAAUCCUUCCAUGAAAGUAGCAGAAAUCAGUAAAGAGAUUGGCGAAAGAUGGAAAACACUGAGUCAGGCUGACAAAGAUCGUUAUGUCAAUGAAGCCAACAAAAUCAAGGAGACCCAGCGAGCGUUGCAUCCUAAUUCAAUGUAUAUCCGAAGGUCAAAAGCCGAGCUAGCCAAAGCUGGACAUUAUUCCAAAUCCAAAAACAAGGCAGACGAUAACCCGUCCGAUAUCUUUGCCGACAAUAACCUUGUACAGUUCCUCAAUAUCCCAAAUACACCCAUGCGCCAUACAUCGUCUCAAACUCAACGCCGAAAACAUCGCCGAGAUAAGAAUCCCGCCGCCCCCAAACAUCCUUUAUCGGCCUACAUGUGGUACCUUACCGAAGUUCGCCCUGAUACCAUGCGCACUUAUCCCGGCUCCACUGUGGGCCAGAUCAGCAAACUGUGUGCUGAGCGAUGGAAUACCAUGACCCCAGCGGAACAGUUACCGUGGAAAACAAAAGCUCAAGCCGACAAGGCCCGAUACGCAAGAGAAAUGCAAAUUUAUGCUGCUCAAAAUGAUCAUCCCAUGGGUCGUGGCACGCGACAAAAAUAUCGAUCAGUAUCAGCCGCCGCCGCUGCCGCCGAAGCAGCCGCAUUAAUCGAUCCCCUUGAAGACUCUACUAGCCUGUUUAUAACCGAUGCAAAAGAACAAGGAUGUUGA